AAAUCUAAUCUAAAGAAGAAGUUUCAAUGUGUAUUUGAGGGGAUCGCUAAACAAGGAAACCCAACACUUCUCAAUAAGAUCUACACAGAGCUCUACAUCACAGAGGGAGGAACAGGAGAGGUCAAUAAUGAACAUGAGCUGAGACAGAUUGAGACAACAACCAGGAAACAAGCAAGACCAGAGACUGCAAUCAAAUGUAACGACAUCUUCAAACCCUUAACUGGACAAGACAAACUUAUCAGAACUGUGCUGACAAAGGGAGUCGCUGGCAUUGGAAAAACAGUCUCUGUGCAGAAGUUCAUUCUGGACUGGGCUGAAGGAAAAGCAAAUCAGGAUGUCCAAUUUGUAUUUUCAUUCCCUUUCCGGGAGCUGAAUUUGAUGAAAGGGGAAAAUACUUUCAUUGAACUUCUCAAUAACUUCUCAAUGGAAACCAAACAAUCAACAAUCUCCAACUUCGACAAGUACAAAGUUCUGUUCAUCUUUGAUGGUCUGGAUGAGUGCCGACUGCCCCUAGACUUCCAGAAGAACAAGAUCUGUUGGGACGUCACAGAGUCAACCUCAGUGGAUGUUCUGCUGACAAAUCUCAUCAAGGGAAAUCUGCUUCCCUCUGCUCUCCUCUGGAUAACUACCCGACCUGCAGCAGCCAAUAAGAUCCCUUCAGGGUGUGUUGACCAGGUGACAGAGGUACGAGGGUUCAAAGACCCACAGAAGGAGGAGUACUUCAGGAAGAGAUUCAGUGAUGAGGACCUGGCCAGCAGAAUCAUCUCACACAUAAAGAGAUCAAGGAGCCUCCACAUCAUGUGCCACAUUCCAGUCUUCUGUUGGAUUUCUGCAACAGUCCUCGAACACAUGCUGAAACAUAAGAGAGAAGAGAUGCCCAAGACUCUGACUGAGAUGUACACACACCUUGUGGUGUUUCAUACCAAACAGAAGAAUGAAAAGUAUCUUGGGAUAGAAGAGACAGGUCCACACUGGAAUAAAGAGAGCAUUCUGUCACUGGGAAAACUGGCUUUUCAACAGCUUGUGAAUGGCAAUCUGAUUUUCUAUGAAGAAGACCUGAAGGAGGUUGGCAUUGAUGUCAAUGAAGCCUCUGUGUACUCAGGAUUGUGCACACAGCUCUUUAAAGAGGAAUGUGUUCUGUACCAAGACAAGGUGUACUGCUUCGUGCAUCUGAGCAUUCAGGAGUUUCUGGCUGCUGUAUAUGUGUUCCUCUCAUUCAUCAACAACAAUGAGAAUCUCAUGGACAAACUGAAAACAAAAGAUGAGCCUGAAGUUACUUUCUACAAGAGUGCUGUGGAUAAAGCCUUACAAAGUGAGACAGGAAACCUGGACCUGUUCCUCCGCUUCCUUCUGGGACUUUCACUGGAGUCCAAUCAGAAGCACUUACGAGGUCUACUGACAAAGACAAGAUGCAGCUCACAGAGCCAUGAAGAGACAGUAAAGUACAUCAAGGAGAAGAUCAGGGAGAAUCCCUCUCCAGAGAGGAGCAUCAAUCUGUUCCACUGUCUGAAUGAACUGAAUGACCAUUCUCUAGUGGAGGAGAUCCAAAGCUUCCUGAGCUCAGGAAGUCUCUCAAAACCCAACCUGUCACCUGCACAGUGGUCAGCUCUGGUCUUUGUGUUGCUGACUUCAGAAAAGGAGCUGGAUGUGUUUGACCUGAAGAAAUUCUCCAGAUCAGAGGAAGGUCUUCUGAGGCUGCUGCCAGUGGUCAAAGCCUCCAGAGCUGCUCUGUGAGUAAAUAGAAUGACAUUUAAGAACUUAUCAUCAGGAAGAAAUGAAUAUCAUUGUCCUUCUACACUACUGGUGUUAAAUAAACAGUGUGUUUGUGAAGUCAU